ACAAACAAAAAUGAAUCAAGAAUUGAAGGACGCUACUGAGGGUUUCAACUUGCUAUUCAAUGACAAAAUAGACCAAUCAACAGAAGAGCUCUCUAGACACGACAACGCCUUCGGUAGAACUGGCCUCGGUAUAAUCCUUUUCUUACAAGCCGCAUUGGGGAUGGAGGAUGGCAUGAUGGAACGAGCCCAGAACGAGUUAUUUGCGGCCGAGAAGGCUGCAGAGACUGCGAAGAAGGACGCUAACAAGCUGAAAGGGAAAUCAUCCAGAUUUAAUAGCACUGUUCCAUACGAACUACUCAUCGCUAGCACCGUCAUCGGACAAGCUAUGACCCAGAUACUCACGGAAUCAGCCGUUGAAAUGCUCAAAGCUAUUUAUAAGUUAAAUAGAUCGUAUAAACUAUACAACAACACUUUCGUUAGUGUGUUCCCAGGCGGCGCGGCAAGCUUGCCUGAUACCCCAAUGGCUUCCCCUUCUAUGUCGAGACAACAGUCGUCCCAGUCGCUCCAUUCGAUCAAUAAGCAGCAGGAACAGCCAAUUCAGAAGGGUUUCUUCGCUAAGAAGUUUGGCAGCUUUCUCGGCACUAAUUCCAGCGCUGCUUCUAGCUCAAGCUCACUCAGUUCAACUAACACUCCAGCUCCACCAAGCGAUAACGUUGAAGAGUUCGUUAUGUCAGGCGCUUGUUUUGGAUUUGGGCUUUUUGGUUUGGUAUUCUCGCUUAUGCCACCAAAAUUGAAGAGAUUGAUAAACGUGUUUGGAUUUAAAAGUGAUAGAAAGGAAGCUUUAAAGGCUUUAGCAUUGAGUGCUUCAUACCGAGAUGUUCACUCUUCCUUUGCAGCACUCUCUUUGCUCUUUUACACCUCGUCUACACUUCUCCUCGCAGGAUGGAAUGCGGACUCCGAGCAUGAUAUGCGCAUGUUUGAGAAUAUUCUUAAAAGUUGUGAAAAGAGGCAUCCAGAUGGUACUCUGUGGACUCUUAAUCGUGCCAGAUUAGAGCGUAUCAAUGGACGUGCUGAUAAUGCAAUUAGUAUUCUCGGUGCAACAUUGGAAAAGGAUCGGGGUUUCCCCCAGGCAGAAGUCAUCAUUGUUUUCGAGUAUGCAUGGCUCUUAUUAGCUGAGAAUAAGUACAAAGAAUCUGCUAAAUACUUCUUGCAUCUCAUGAAAUUAAAUUCAUGGUCUCAUGCAACUUACACACUCCUUGCUGCUGGUUGCUUCCUGUCUGAUUCAAGAGAUGGCAAUGAGGAAAGCCGCGAGAAAGCUCAAGAGGAAUUUAUGAAGAUGCCAGAACUUCUCAAUGCUAAGAAACUCGGCGGUCGCAACAUGCCAAUGGAAGACUUCGCACAACGUAAGUUAGCCUUCUGGAAGCGCAAGCAUGAGCGCAGGGUCGAAGCCUACAAGAAGCUUUCCGUUGAAGUUGACCUUGAAAGAUGGGAUUUGGCUAUAAAGAUUAGUCCAGCUGAUGAAAUGGCAUGUUUCUGGAACAGCUAUGGUAAAAUAACUAGGGAAGCCGCAUUGAAGCACAUGUCAGCGUUGUGUAAAUUGACACCAGCGCCUGAAAUUUCUACCCCCUUGAUAGACAUCAAACCAAGAGAAGAAGAAGAUAUUGACGAUCUGGACACACAUGAUGAAAUCGCAGUAAGAUACCUACUACUGGGUAUACUCCACCGUGCAAUCGGUGAAUUGGACUUGUCGAGGCGCUACCUCGAUGAAUGUGUCUCAUAUAGAGGAAAAGCCACUGAUGAUACUUGGGCACCUGCCUUUGCUGCUUACGAAUUGGCAGUCCUUGAACUCAACGUCGGUGACCAAAAGACAUUAUCUGAAACGCCAAAUGCGAAAUCAAUAUGGAAGAACGCGAUCGAGGCAUCAGAAAAGCAUCUCGCUUUGGUAGCUUCUGGUGAAUUCGGUCCAACGUAUGACCUCGAAGGUCGUCAAGGUACGCGUUGUUACCUCCUCAAAGAUGAAAUCCAAACGAAGAGAACACAAUUGGGAAUCUAACAUCUACAUUUCUCUAUCAGUUAUAGCGGACAAUCUUUAAUUAUUAUUCUAUCUUGUAAUAUAUAUUCAUUUCAGAGUACGUUGCCU